AUUCAGUUUCUUUUAAAUUUUUAUUUAUUUAUAAUAAUAAAACGGAAAAUACUCAAAAUACGCUUAAAUUCGCAGGCCGCUUCAGAAUCCAAUCCUUCUCUCUUUCUCCAAUCAAGUUGAAAGAGAGCGAUGCUUCAGUAGAGUUCACGAGGUCUCAGAUUUUAACAGAAGCUCUGGGUGGAAACUGCAUAUUUAGAUUUGCCUAACUUCAGGAUUAUCCUGCCGUCUUUAGGUUCAAGUCGCUGAAAAUGAGGAACCAUGAGUAUGCUGCGAAUUUAGCUCUUUUAGGUCUUACCUUGGCACCACUUGUCAUAAAGGUAGAUCCAAAUCUGAAUGUAAUUCUGACAGCAUGCUUGACUGUUUAUGUUGGCUGCUACCGAUCAGUGAAGGAUACACCACCAUCAGAAACGAUGUCAAAUGAACAUGCUAUGCGCUUUCCUUUGGUUGGGAGUGCAAUGCUUUUGUCAUUGUUCUUGCUCUUCAAGUUUCUAUCAAAAGAUUUGGUGAAUGCUGUGCUCACAUGUUACUUUUUUGUGCUGGGGAUCAUUGCUCUUUCAGCGACAUUGUUACCUGCUAUAAAGCAAUACCUUCCAAACCACUGGAAUGAAAACCUCAUUGUUUGGCGCGCUCCAAUUUUCCACUCUCUUUCAGUAGAGUUCACAAGGUCUCAGAUAGUCGCCUCUAUUCCGGGAACAUUUUUCUGUGUAUGGUAUGCAUCACAGAAGCAUUGGCUGGCAAACAACAUCCUGGGAAUUGCAUUCUGCAUUCAGGGAAUUGAAAUGUUAUCAUUGGGUUCCUUUACAACUGGCGCCAUUCUCCUGGCUGGGCUCUUCGUGUAUGACAUUUUCUGGGUGUUCUUCACUCCUGUGAUGGUUAGCGUAGCAAAAUCCUUUGAUGCCCCAAUAAAGCUUCUAUUCCCAACUUCAAAUUCUGCCCGUCCAUUUUCCAUGCUUGGUCUUGGCGAUAUUGUGAUACCUGGCAUAUUUGUUGCUUUGGCGUUGCGUUUUGAUGUGUCCAGAGGGAAACAAAAUCGUUAUUUCAACAGCGCGUUCUUUGGGUAUACACUUGGUUUGGUUCUUACUAUAGUUGUGAUGAAUUGGUUUCAGGCUGCACAGCCUGCACUCCUAUAUAUAGUACCUGGUGUUAUUGGGUCUGUGGGUAUUCACUGCUUAUGGAAUGGGGAAGUAAAGCCGCUACUGGACUACAGUGAAUCUACACCAGCAACUGAUUCAAAUAGCGCUUCCGCAGCUCAAGAGGGAGAUGCUAAGCUUGAAAAGAAAGAAGAGUGAUAGCAGAGGCUUUCGGUUCAAAAACAAUUCUGAUUUUGUUGACAGAAGUUCUUUAGUCAUUGCGGAAUCAAAUAGCCUAUAAAUGUUUCUCUGUUGACCUGCCAGAUAACUAUGAAAAACUAAUAAGAGACUUACAUAGAUGAUAGAAGUUGCCCAUCAAGCUCGAUUAUGCUGUAGGCACUGAGAAAUAUUUUAAUCUUCUUUCUUUUCAACUUCUACCCAAAUAUAGUUGUUGUAUCAUUAUGUUUUGAUAUACGUCUUAUAUAGAUUCACUGUUUGUACUCAAGGAUUACAAAGCUGCUAGUUUAGUUGACAAGUCAACAAGUAGCACCUGGUUAGUAAUUAUGAUUGCUUUGGGUUUUAUUGGAA